GGGCCCGGAGGAGGUGAGCAGCGGGCAAGCCGCGGAGGCUCGUCGCGCGGGCGAGUGAGGAACCUUGAACCUUACGGGCCACCGUCCCGGAAGUGGACUAAAGAGGAAGAAAGUACUUGGGUUGCUAGGGAUAAAUAAGUUUCUGAAGAUUUUCACUGCGGAAUUGCAGAAUUUUGGGGGCGUGUGUUGGCCAGGAGGGACUCAGAGGUUUUAGUCACUUCACCUGAAGGAACUAGUUUCCCUGAUGAGCCCGACCUUUUUGUGAAUGCGUGAACCUCAGGGCUUUUGGUAAGAGUACGCCUGAGAAAGCCGGUCUGCGCUCUUCCUCCGUGGCCACCUUAGAGAUGAACUGAUGCCUUAGUGGUUUAUCAUGGCCCAGCGGGCAGUGUGGCUUAUAAGCCACGAACCAGGAACUUCACCAUGUGGCACCAUCAAAUUCUCCAGGCGAUAUCCAACUGUUGAAAAAAGAGCCAAAGUCUUCAAUGGAGCAAGUUAUGUGCCUGUUCCUGAAGAUGGUCCCUUCCUUAAAGCACUGCUUUUUGAACUGAGAUUAUUGGAUGAUGAUAAAGACUUUGCAGAGAGUCGUGAUAGCUGUUCACACAUCAGAAAAACAUCCAUUUAUGGACUCCCAGUAGGAAGUGAAGAACUCUGGCCAGUUGUUGCUUUUCUGAAGAAUGGCAUGAUAUAUGCUUGUGUUCCACUGGUUGAACAAACUUUAUCCCCUCAUCCACCAUUAAUUAGUAUUUGUGGAAUUUCACAAGGUUUUGAACUUCUUUUUGGGUUACAGGAUUUUCUUUACUCAGGUCAAAAAAAUGACACUGAUGUAAAUACAAAAGUGAGCCAGUUGCCGGACUUGCUUCUACAGUCUUGUCCAUUUGGUACUUUGUUAGAUGCCAACUUACAAAAUUCAUUGGAUAGUAUUAAUUUUACUUCUGUUACUCAUCCACAAAAACAGCCAGCCUGGAAAGCUGGAAUGUACAAAGGAAAACCACAGGUUUCUAUUUCUAUCACUGAAAAGGUAAAAUCCAUGCAAUAUGAUAAACAGGAUAUAGCAGAUACAUGGCAAGUCGUUGGAGCUGUCACUUGCAAGUGUGAUUUAGAAGGAAGUAUGCCAAAUGUUACCAUCAGCUUGAGUCUCCCCACCAAUGGAUCUCCACUUCAGGAUAUUCUGGUCCAUCCUUGUGUGACAUCCCUUGACUCUGCCAUUCUGACUUCUAGUAGCAUUGAUCCAAUGGAUGAUUCUGCAUUUAGUGGACCUUACAAAUUUCCACUCACUCCACCUCUAGAGUCAUUCAACUUAUGCUACUACACUUCCCAGGUCCCUGUCCCACCAAUUUUGGGUUUUUAUCAAGUGAAAGAGGAAGGAGUACAACUGAAAAUAACAGUUAAUUUAAAACUUCAUGAAAGUGUGAAAAACAGUUUUGAAUUCUGUGAAGCUCAUAUACCUUUUUAUAAUAGAGGUCCAAUCACACAUGUGGAAUACAAAGUUAGUUUUGGCCAGAUUGAAGUAUUUCGAGAGAAGAGCUUAUUGGUCUGGAUUAUUGGACAGAAGUUCCCCAAAUCAAUGGAAAUUAGUCUUUCUGGAACUGUAACUUUUGGAGCCAAAAGCCAUGAAAAGCAGCCAUUUGACCAUAUUUGCAUUGGAGGUACAGCAUAUUUAAAGCUUCAUUUUAGGAUCUUAGAUUACACACUCACUGGGUGUUAUGCGGAUCAGCAUUCAGUUCAGGUUUUUGCAUCAGGAAAACCAAAAAUAAGUACACACCGGAAACUGAUUUCUUCCGACUAUUACAUCUGGAAUUCUAAAGCUCCUGCUCCAAUAACAUAUGGAUCAUUAUUGCUAUGAUUGUCUCAUGUUAAAUAGGAUAUAUACAAUAUAAAUUAAAUCAGUCUUUUAUUUUUAAUGUGAAUUCACAUAACCUAUGAGUGAACAUCAUUGAUUUAAUUAUAAAAUGCUCUUGUUUAGUGUUUUUAGUCUGACUUGGUUUGAAAGAAUAUUUUAAAGACUAAUAUAUCCAGUUAUGUUACCCUUUUAUUUUACUCAGGUAUGAUUCAGGGCAUAAAAUGUAGUGAUUCACCUUCAUCUUAUUUUAUACUAGCCUGGGUCAUGCUGCCCCACCCAUUUUCCUUCCUGCCCCUGUGGCAGACAUGGCUAAUCAAUCAUAGCCCUCUUUCUCCACUGAGCCUUCCUGGAUAUGGGCUGAAACUGCUUCUCAGUGCAGAGCUGCAAGCAGCCACUCCCAGUGGAUUGUAGAUGACUUGCAAGAUAAAAACUAUUUGCUCUUCCAAACCAAAGUAAUAACUGCUAGUAUAAUGUGUUGUUACAGAAUUCCAAGAACCACAUUACAAUUAACUGUGAAUCUCUUGAGAAAAUGAAGGAAAAUUGUUUAAAUAGUAACCAGUUUUUAAUCAGAACUACCCUACUAACUGAUAAAGAGUCUGUGUAUGUCUGUUUAAGGUGUUCAUCUCUGUUCUAGAGUUAAUUUUCAAGCAAAGUUAUUAUUAAUCUGCUACGGUAACAUUUUGUUUAAGAUGUCAGUAAGCAAAUUAAGAGAGAUGAGAUACCCUCAGAAGAUGAGUAAGCAUAGUGUUUUGUGACGACUGAAUAUCUGCAGCCAAAAUUCUAAAAAUAAAUUUAGAUAUAAUACUGGUUUUUCUCUGUUUUAUUAUAUAAUCCUUUAAUGAAUGAAUUCAGGUAAAAAUUCAAAAGCUAUCCUAUGGAUAGAGAGUGUCACUUAAUCUUAUUUCAGUUUCAUGUACCACGUUUUCUUUAAAUUUGUCACUUUUGCUUCCUCAUUGGCAUGUUCUGGGUUUCCUUAGGCCCCAUCCAGUCAUAUUUAUUCUCUUUUUACCUUUACAAUUAUAUGUCACAUUCUGUUUUCAAAGUACUUGAUUGUCAGGUUGGACUUUAAAUGGCCAUUCAAGAAAAGAUGAAAUCUCAAGAUCCUCAAAACUUAAUCCAUAUCAAGUUUCUUUUUACAGAACAGAAUUAGAAAAGUUAUAAAAAAUAUGCAUUACAGAUUAAUAUUCAAUUAAAUUAUAUCUUGGCUUCUGGGUUUUUUAUGAGUGUCUUUAGGAGAAGCUUAGAAAAAGCUGCUAACUUCUUAAAAGAGAGCUAUGAUAGUUUCAAAGGAGAUUGCAUAUAAAUUUAGGAUUUGAAACAUGAUUUUUUUUAAUUAAGUUCAAUCCUACUCAUUAUAAACUGAUUUUCUGCAAGGCAUUAUCAUGGCAUAAUGUCCUAUGUUCAAAAUUAUCACAAGUAAUGAAGAAAAUAGAAUAAUUUCCAGAUCAGGACUUUAACUUGUUAUUCUAGCUUAAUCAUAGCUAAUCAGUAGUAAAAACUUUCCUUUGGAAAGAAGAACAAAAUGAUUCCCUUAAUUUUUUUUUGAUCUCUCUUAAACUCAAGGAAAGCUUAACAUUUCACUUAUAUUCAUAUUAAUGGAGCCAUUUGGACAUCUUGAUUACAUAAAUGUUUCACAAAGUACAUUAUGGUAGGUAAGAAGCAUUUAUCUAGUGAGUAGGCUGAGAUUCAGUAUACUAAUCCCCUAGGCAAAACUUUCUUUAUAAGCAAUCAGAAAAACCAGUGAAUCUUUGAUUUGACAUUUCUAGAAAGCUGAGGAAAAAAAGAGUACUGGAAAAGUACAGGGGCAUGGGGAACCUGAUGCCAUCUGUGGCCAUUCCAUUCUAACAUAACGCUACAGAACUAAAACCAACCAUGUUUUCAUCCUGUUGAGAUCAGCUGGGCACACUGUGAUGCUUUUGAUUUUGUCUAGAAAGCUGUCACUUCAGGAUAAUUUCUGAAGACAAAGUCUGCUUCCCGUUUGGUAGGUGACCUGUUUAAUGUUUUCUCUGUGUCUGGGAACUCCUUAGUGUAAUUAGCGACCUUUGAACUCCACAACUAAUCCUGAGCUAUUUUGUAUUCCUUACUCAUCUUUAAGGCUGGACCUUUCUUUUCUUCAGAGUCCGCUGCCACAAUUAAAGAAGAAACAGCUGCAUUUCAAAGGGAUUCCGAUUCCAGAAGCUUAAUCGUGAUUGACAUGUUCUUAUUCUAAGCUAUAAGACACUCUAAGAGUCCUUUCUUGGGUUAAAACUUCAAUCAUUUUCUAAAAAAUUAUCUCACUAUGGAUUUUAUUCAUUUUCUUUGAUAACUAUUCUUUGCAUUUUUUAACUUGAAAGAUGCUUUGCAUUUGCACUGAAUAUGAGCACCUACUUCCAGUUAAAGAUUUGGAUGGUGUCAGACCUACUCUAGAUGCAAAAUUGCUAAAUUCCCUUUUAGUGCCAAAAUAUGAUUAUGAAAUCUGAUGUCUAUCAUAUGGGUAAUUAUUCUUCAAUAAACCCAAGAUGUACAAAAAGUGUUACAUUUCUGAAAAUGUGCUCCAGAAAAGAUAGUUCAUGAUUUUGAUAAAACCCUUCUUCACUUUUUACUAAACAAGUAUUUCUUAAACUUUUUAAGUCAGCAGUACCCUUGCAAUAAUAGACAAUCCCUUUACAGUGGUAGACAAUUUUUACCUUUUACUUUUUAAGCAAUUGAUUUCAGUGUCAGGUUUGACAUAAAUAGCCUUGUCAGGACUCCUUAAAUUAUUUGUUUGUUUUAAAAAAAUUUGUACCAAACAUCAGUCUUAUAAAAUUUAAUUUUUUAUACCAACUCAGUAUUUCUAGUGAAUUAAAAUUAUGGUUUUAUACAUUGUAUUGUAUAAGAUAUUUCAAAGCAUAAUUUACAUAGAACAACUGCUAAUAUUUUUCUCCUAGUAUUUCAAAAUCCUUUAUAGACAUUCAUGGACUCCUGCACCACCCUGUGAGGUAGGUAGGUCGAGUUAUCAUCUAGAGUCUCUGCAGGGACUGCUGCCACAGCAGAAUGGUUGUUUCUAAGACAAAGGUCAGAAAAAGGAUGUUAAUAAACAACCCUCAGGUUUAAGGGACUUUUUUAGGAUUACAUCUUAAAUUCCAACAAAUCAGAUUUAGGAGUUACUGAAAGUGAAAUUGAUCCAUCCCUCAUCCAAACUUUGCAAUACUUUCCUGUUCUGACAUCAUUUAGAUAGUUAGCUGUAUUAUCAGAUUAGAAACCAUUGUACCAGGCUGCUGAAAGGAAAAGGAGGCAAAAAGCUAAACAUGGGAUGAAUUCUGAACCUUUUAACCUGGCUGAAGUACGUUGGUCCCUGUUAUGCAAAUACCUUCAAUCCUCUGCUAAGUUCAGUGGAAAUAAUUUUCUUGAAUGACAGGUUUAUUCAGCAAGGAUUCAGUUGGUGAUUAAUCCCCCUUUGAUCUAGGGUAUUUCACUUAACUACCAGUUACCUCGUUCUGACAAAGUGCAACUGAGAUUAGGGAGAUCACUAGAACACUACCAGUGUGUGCAUUUAUUCUCCAUAACCUUUUAAAGCAGGGGCCAAGAAUGCAAUUUAUUUUCAGUAUUUGAAGAUGUAAAAGUCCUGUCUGCUAAGUUAGAAAGUCAAUUGAAUACCAAAUGAAGUUUAUUUCUUAUGUAAUAGAACAAACAUUUCUUUUUACUUUGCCUAACAAUGAUUUUAGGAAACAUAGGCUUUGAAGAAAGAAGAAAGACUACAUUCUAAGUAUAUCUUCUGUUUCAUAUCCUAGAGUAUAUACUUAGUGGCCCUGAGAUAACCCAAAAAUCAAAGAAGUGGCUACAACUUAGGCUGAGAAAAUGCUUCUCUUUUAUUAAACUGCACAGUUUCUCCCCAUCCACCCCCAUUAAAAAAGUGUCAUGGUAUGUAGUAAAGAAAUCCAAUUGGGGAGAACAUGUCGUAAUGCAGAAUCAUUCAUCUUAAGACUUUUGAUUUCAAAGCUUUAUUUAACUUUAUCCUUUCUUGAGGAAAAAGAGGUUAUUAUGUUCCCAUCAUGUUUUUUUUCAUAAAGAAAGGUAAAUGAUGCCAUUACAGAAAUACUUAAAACUAAUUAUUUUAAAUUAUCAAAAUAAUCAUUUUCCACAGUACUGUUUACUAUUUUACAGUUUUUUCUGCUUUUUCUCAUUUAACUGAAACUUUGAAAUAUUCCAUGAAAUUUUGCACAAUAUUUGAAGAAUAAAACUGUAAUGUGUUUCAUGGUAGAUUUCUCAAAGAAUUCCCUUUUAAAAACUAUUAUCAAUAUUAAUGUCACUGUUUAUCUUGCAGGAUGCCAAAUUUGGAGACUUGUUUCUCAAGUAUAUUUCAAGAUCCUUACAAAAAGAAACUGAUUAAUAACAGUCUUUAAAUAUUAACUUUAAUGAUUAGUUUUAUCAUUAUAGACAAAGCAUUCUUAAAUGCUUUCUAUCACUUUGCAAGUUAUGUAUUUGGAUAAUUUUUUUACAUAUUUUUUGCCUCAAACUUUUUUUUUUUUUUUGUCUUUUUAGGGCCAAAGCUGUGGCAUAUGGAGGUUCCCAGGCAAGGGGUGGAAUCUGAGCUCUAGCCACUGGCCUCUGCCACAGCCACAGCAAUGCAGGAUCUGAGCUGCAUCUCUGACCUACACCACAGCUCAUGGCAAUGCCAGAUCCUUAACCCACUGAGCGAAGCCAGGGAUGGAACCCGUGUCCUUAUGGAUACUAGUCAGAUCCCUUUCCGCUGAACCAUGACAGGAACUCCUAUCUCAAACUUUUUGAAACAGUGACUCAAGUGCAUAUCUGGAGUUCCUGUUGUGGCUCAGUGGAAACGAAUCUGACUAGCAUCCCUGGGAAAUGAAUCUCCCUAGCAUCCAUGAGGAUGCAGGUUCGAUCCCUGACCUUGCUCAGUGGGUUAAGGAUCCGGCGUUGCAGUGAGCUGUGGUGUAGGUCGCAGUCGCUGCUCAGAUCCCUAGUUGCUGUGGUGUAGGCCUGCAGCUACAGCUGUGAUUCGUCCCCUAGUCUAGGAAACUCCAUAUGGCUCAGGGGCAGCCUGAAAACAAACAAAAAGAAGUGCAUAUCUAAUUCAUGUAGGUGCCAAAUGAACAUCUCUAGUUUGAAUUAGUAACCAAACUCUUUCUAAAUAUCUUUUGAGAGCAAGUUACUUAACCAUGGCAAAACCAAGGAUCAGAAAAAUAUUAAAUGGAAGGCAGGAUCCCUUGGUGAUUUUGCUAAAAAACCUAGUAACUCUAUGCAGUAAGUUUUAAUUACUAAAAUGUUGCAAAAUAUUUUGAAAUAUGCCGUCAAAGAAUAUAUGUAAAACAUAUAUAUAGGUAUGUAUGUGUGUUUGUGUAUAUGUUUGUUAGAGUGUCCAACUUGGUGAGUUUCCAUAUGAAAUAUUUCAUUAUAAGUUAGAAGAAGAAAAUUUAAAGUCAAAUAUUCAUUCCCGUUGUGCUGCAGCGGAAACGAAUCUGACUAGGAACCAUUAGGUUGCCAGUUUGAUCCUUGGCCUUGCUCAGUGGCUUAAGGAUCCGUUGUUGCUGUGAGCUGUGGUGUAGGUCAAACAUGGCUUGGAUCCCGUGUUGCUGUGGCUGUGGUGUACACUGGCAGCUGGAGCUCUGAUUUGACCACUAGCAUGGGAACCUCCAUAUGGUGCAGAUGCGGCCCUAAAAAGACAACAACAACAACAAAAUUCAGGUAUCUUCCCUCCAAACAAUGUUAGUUGAUAGUAAUGAAGAGGUGCAUAAAAUGAUUAUUGCCAAAGAACUCUUGAGGGUACUCUACAAAAUGGUUAAAAUUCUUUUGAGCUUGAGCUGAAAGCUUUUCUACUAGCUUCUAAGUGUUUUCACCAACUAUUUUGUGGUUAUAACAUUAUAAUCUAUAUGUAGCCUGGAGCAGUGCAAUGCCUUAUCUGUAUUACUAGUUUUCUGCCUUGUAAGCAGGUUACUCUGAGGUCCUGGUUGAUUUUUCUAAGGCCUUGGCUAAGCUGUGUAAUUGAUGGCAGUGUGGUAUUAGUAUAUGAUGCUCAGCAUUUACAGAUUGAUGGAUGCCUUGCAAUGGAAACCACCUGCUGAAUUGUUUUUCCAGUAUGAUGUGAAAAGUUGUCUAUCUUAUUACUCCAUUAAACGUUUAAAAUCAAACUAUGUUUCCUCUAAAUGUGUUCUUAAAUGAUAGUUUCUCUGGGGAAAAAAGUGAUUGUUUGGUUAACACACUAUUAAUAAAUGAAAACAAAAAUUUAUUGUUUUUUAUCCCUCUUAAAUUUUUACUUUUUCUUUCAAGGGACUUGAGUGCCCUCUGCAGGUUAUAGAGAUAACUAAUGACUAUAUAUAUAUAUGUAUAUAUUUUUUAAUGACUAUAUUUUUUAAACCCUGUGAUUGUUUUCCCUUUUAGAAGCAUAGCCUGGUAAGUGUGAUCAAUUUUAUUUAUAUUAACUUUGUUAAUUUGCCAGUGACUGAACCAAGAGUUUAUUUUCUUUGCCAGCUUUAUAGUUUUGUUUAGUGUGAAGAAUAUCAUUGAAUUUUCCAAAGCACUUAGUUGGUACUCGUUAAAUGUUAAAACUAUAGUAAUACACGUUCCCUCAUAGCAGGUUGAGAAAACAUUCAGCUAUUUUGAAAUGUAUUGAAAACAUGAAGGAUAACUUGAUUAUUUCCCAUUACACUUUAGAAUAUUAUACAUUGGAAUAAACAAGCCUUUUCCAAUAUGCAUCAUGUAUUUUUUUUUAAUUACAGGAGUUCUUAAUCUUGUUGAUGAAUGAUGACUGUGUUCAAGCUCAAAAAAAUAAGGCUACGUCGUCGUAGAAUUUCUUUAAACAAAGUUAAGACUGAACAGAGAGUGCUUUGGAAUUGUUGCAUAGGUCUACUAACUAGAAAGAGUAUCUCUAUUUGAAGAACAAAAGGCAAAGUUUUCAUAUGUGAGUCAUUCGUUUCGCUGCAGCCGUACUUUCUCAACAAGUUUCUAAAGGAUAUGGGAAUUCAUUUUGUAUAUGAAACUAUAGACUGGAGCACCAGUGGUACUUCUGAUUCACUUAAAGCUGCCAGGGAAACUGAAUAUGAUGAGAACAAGAGGAAUGACUGGAUCAAAUUAAUAGAAACAGAUCUUUUUGCAAGCCACAUAAUGAUCCUGAUCAUCAGCCUUGAAAAGUAAAUUAGAACAAGCAAAUUGCUGUUGAAAAAUUCUUUCAGCACUCUGCUGUUGCUACUCAGCUAGUCAUGGCUCAGCCAGAGGCAAGGAAAAAAUGCAUUCAGUUUUGCAUUAACAAAGGAAACAUUAUUAAAGUGAAUGUUUACAUUGUGUUUACUGAAGUGUUCAAAGAAUAUUUGUUGCAUCUUCAAGGAACCUGCUGUUCUCCUAUUACGUGCAUGAGUGAUAAUAAAAAUGAGUCAUUUGUAUAUUUUAGAAAAAUAAAUAAUAUUUAACUUAGGUGUUCCUGAGCUAUCUUGACAAUAUUUAAGUGCCAAUCUUAAUACUUUCUCUUUUGAAGAUUUUUGUCACUGGGAAAAAAGUUAUGCUAAUUAAAACAAAAAAAAAACUCAUUCACUUAAAUUAUUGCAAUUAUUUCCAAGUGCGUUAUGUAACUUUCCUCCGAGAAUCUACAAUGCAACUGAAAAUAACUUUUUAAACAAAAAAAAUUGUGAAAUUACUUAAAUGAGUGUGUAAUUGAAUAUAUAACGUGCAUUGGAGAAACAGCUUGAUAAUUGUGAGAGCUUUUGUGAGCUAUGUUUGUCUUGAACUACUUCAUAGAAACUCAGUUGAGGAUUAAACAAGACAGCAAUUGAAAGCAGGCAUGCCAGUCUGGCAUUUAAAAAUUUAAUAAGUAUUAUAUAUACUGUAAAUUUGUAGGAAAGUCAAUAAUUAAAAAUUCAGAAAAAAUUAGCUUUCAUCUGUGGAAAAUGAACAAUUCAAAUCACUUUUAUAUUUUAGAAGUAGAAAUGUAGAAUUUAAUAGGGAUUUAAGUACCAUACUUUACUUGGUCUCUUAGCAGGUGUUAUUGAAUACAAUUCAGUAUUCUAUAAUCUCUUAUGGAUUGACUAAUUUUUGAAGAAUUGUUUUCUUAUAUACACCAAGAUGACAACUUGUCAGUCUUCUGCAUCUCAGCCUAAAGAUCUUUUCUGUCACACUUAGAAGGAUUAUUAUCCCACACUAUAAGCUCUUGAGAACCUCUUUGCCAGGUAUUUUAUUACCUUUUUUAUAAUAUAUUUACAGAGCAUACAUAUUAAAAUAUAGAAAUAAUUGAAAAAUUACUUAAUUUAUGAGUUAAACUGAGUAUUUUUAUAUUUAAAAUGAAGAUUUUAUUUAACAUUUUCUUAAGGAACUCCAAUCUAAUCCAUAAUCUAAAAAAAAGAAAGAAAGAAAAGUGAAUUGAAAAUAAAGCAAAUGCUGAACUUCUAACUCUGCUUUUGCUAAGGAAAUAACGGGAGAAGUGGUUAGUAAUGUUUACAGCUUGUUAAUGGGUAGCAGCAAGAAGACUUUUUAAGAAAUGUGAAUAUAAGUAGUUUCUGUCCCAUAAUUAACAUAUUUCCCGCAUACUAAAAUAGUACAUCAUUUUAUUUAAUGUAAAAGGCCUAAACAAAGUUGAAUGUAAAGUAUGAUUUGUAUUCAGAAAUUUCUGAGCAAUCCACUUGAAACUGAGAUCUUAGUUUAAUCAAUAAAAAACUCCUAAUAAUAAACUUACUGCACUACUAUUAUAGGCCACCCUAGAACUAGACACAAAGACAAAAAAAUAGUACCCGAUUUUGAAUGGUACAUUUUAACUCCUGCAGUGUGUUAGCAUUGUAAUAUGGAAGAUGACUUCUCUAUAUUAUUAGUACAGAAACUGUCCAAAGAGGUAUGAUGGUUGAAGUUCACCAGGCAGAUGAAGGAUGGGCAUCCAAGAGACAAGGUCAUAUCCUCCCAUAGGUCUCUGCCUCUGACAAAGAGAACCCCAGAAAACUGAACAUCCAGUAUAGCAGGACGGACAUGCAAGGGAAUAUUUCUUUGCUUCCAGACGUUUGAUAUUUGGAUAUUUAGAUAAAUGCAAAUUUCUAAGGAAAGUAAUUAUUUAAUUUCCACCUGAAUAUACAAAUACGAGUGCAUUCCUACAGACUUAAAUAUACACUCCUACACUCUGUCUCCCCUCUUUGCCUCCUUUCGUUGCUAUUUGAAUGUGUGUUCGCCUGUACUCAUAAGGAACUUAGCCCUGCAUUAUCAAUGAAGAAAAUAUAAUGAUGUAUGAAUAGGAUUAUAUAGAAAAUAUAUAUAUGAAAAACAUAUAAUCUGUUGAUAUGCUUAUAUAUGUAUUAAACUCAUUCAAUUGAUGAGCUAAAAUUUUUAGUUCACAUCCAGUAGAAAUAUCUUGGAACACAUUCUUAGUCUUGUUUCAUUUGCAUAUAUACAUCCACAUACAUGUACAAGUGUAUGUAUGUAAGUAAAUCAAAAAUGUAAUCUCUAGAGCCCUGCUCUUACAUAUUAAUUUGCAGACCUUACCCCACCUCCCACACCAACAGUUUGAACUUCUUGAGGACAAUUCGUCUUUACCUCUUUGUAUUCUCAGUGCCACCCAAAACAAAAGAAGCUUAGUCUUGAUUCACUAACAUAGCAAAAUGCUAAAUAUGUAAUAAAGCAGAUUGUCCUCCCACCUAAGACAAAUCAAUGAUGUUGAAUGAUUUUGGUUUUGCAUGUGUAUAUAAAAAGUCCAUUGUGCAAACAGUGGUUUGGUCCACAUUCAGCACAGGUGAUUUCUGCCCUGUGAUUGCCAUCUCUAACACUAUUUGGAGAAUUUGAUGUUGUUUAUGACACUGCUCUUCAGACACAUUGCAGAAUUUUGGCUCAACCUGUUAGGCUAGCAACAGCCAAGGCCUGCAGUUGCCGCCCAUCAUAGGACACAUUCUUUGCAGUUAUGCUUUAGUGAACCUUAAAGCAUUUGGCACUCUCAUCCUAGAAAUUCCCUUCUGGAGCUCCCUCUGCAGGGGCUUUGUGAACUCCCCACUAGACCAGAGUCGAUUCUGAUUUUGUUCAGUAUAAUAUGACCUGAUAUGCUCCAACUCUCCUCACCAUGUAAGGCUACAGCUUUCAGUGAGUCCUGUGUACUGAUGAGACAGAGCUGCCAGUAUCCAAGAAUUCCAAGUGAUUAUUUUGAACAUUUCCAUUUAUCGUAAAGGCAGAAUGGAAUAGAGGAAAUAUACAAUCUUUGAAGCCAUAAGGCCUGAUUUCAAAUCCCAGCUCUGCCAUUUACAAGCUGGGUGGUCCUGGGUAAACUACUUAACCUCUGCGGUCUUCAUUUUUCCUCCAAGCUUCACAGAGUUAUUGUGAGCAUUGAAUGAUACAAAGUUCUAAGUCCAUGGGUAUUCAGUUAGUGUUCAUUGCCCUCCAUAUAAAAGAUUAAAAAUGUCCUUUUCAUGCAACUGUCUCUGCCUAUAAUUAGACAGUUAUGCCUUCAGACUUUCAAAAUUAUAUGAAUUGUUCACUUGGCCUUGAUUUUUUAAUAUUCAGCUGUUAUGUUAUAUUGCAUAAAUGCCUAUACCAUGUUUGACUAGGGCUUUGGGAGUAAAUAAAAUGGCUGUAGCAUUGA